AUGGUCACCGGUGGCUCGCAAAACUGCCACGCGGAAGAUAUUCUUUGCGGCAAUCGUAAAUUGGUCGGGUCCCAGGGGCAGGCGAGGCCGCCGCCCGCAACCGGCCUGGUGGGCGGCGCGCGCGGGGUGCGGGCGCGGGAAACCGUGCUCACCUGCGACUCGCGCCCGCCGCGGCAGUUCCGCGACUAUCCUCCACCGCGUUCCACGUUCCACGUCCCUCUCGCCAGACAUGUAGCUUUCGACCCGAGGCGUCGCUCGCUACCGUGA